CUUAAUCUGGCAAUUACGACUUCCUUGCGACUACGAGCCGUCAUGAAAGGAAACAUACACUGAAAGGCACUGUAUAAAGAACACAGUCGCUGGAAGUCCCGUCUGUCGUUUCGAUACCCAGGGCACAAUGGAUACCCCUUGAUAAGGAAGAGUCACGUAUAUCUGUUAGCGAAUCGGCCCAGUGGGUUUUCCAAGCGGAGGACUGUGGUAACAUUAUUGACUGAUCCUGGCGCAGGUGUAAGCGGCAGCGAUAGAAGCCAGAGGCAAGCCGACUCUCUACGGCUGAGGUAGAGUCAGGGAGAUGGACAUUAUUCUCGGCUCUUGGGACCCAUUAUUCAUUGAACCGCUAAGGAGUAAUAAAGAAUGAACGAUACAGACCUACAAGAUCAGUUUCCUUGGAAAAUCUCGGAGUAUAUGGAGAUCAUUCUCAUCAUAAUGUACUCGAUUAUUACUAUCACAGCAAUUGGUGGGAACGGUGUUGUUUGCUACUUAGUUUUUGCUUACAAGCGGAUGCACACAGUUCCUAACUAUUUCAUUGUUAAUUUGGCGGUCAGUGAUUUACUGUUAGCGGUGUUUUGCAUACCUUUCACUGCUGCUGUUAAUUUGAAAAACUACUGGCCAUUUCCUGCUGUAAUGUGCCCGGUGCUUCAAUAUAUACAGGGAGUGACUGUGGUGCUCAGUUCUUACACGCUUGUUGCCAUGAGCCUGGAUCGUUAUAUUGUGAUAGUGCACCCUUUCCUUAAAAGAAUCACACCGAGAAAAACAGUCUUUGUGAUAACGGCAAUUUGGACUGUAUCGUUGGCGAUACCGCUACCUAUAUUCUUGAAUUCAAAACUCGUUUACUAUUCAAAUACAAGUGGGCAGUGUUUUGAGGUGUGGGAAGAUCAUUCAAAGAAAUAUACAUACAGUGUGGCAUUGAUGGUAUUACAAUAUUUUGGACCCCUUGUGAUUCUGAUAUUUUCAUACUCCAAAAUCGGCUACAACAUCUGGGUAAAGAACUUCAAAAGCGACGAGGGGAACAAACGCCGAUUACAGUUGGCCGCUGCGAAAAAAAAGAUGAUAAGGAUGAUGAUUACCGUCGUAGUGUUCUACGCUCUCUGCUGGCUCCCAAUACAUGUGAUAACCAUUCUUGGUGACCAUGACUUUCUCAUAUACGAUCACCCAUAUAUGCCUAUCAUUUGGUUGCUGUGUCACUGGCUUGCAAUGAGUAACAGUUGUUAUAAUCCAAUAAUUUACAUCUGGAUGAGCCCGAAAUUCAGAACUGGUUUGUUGAUGGCCUUCAACAGGUGCUCCCGGCGUAGACCAAGUAACAGCGAGUCCGACGAGUUUAUUGUACGAAAAGAACGGAAAGAAAAGGAUCGAGAGCCAGAAAGAGAAAGUAUGUGCUACUUGAUGGAGGUCCAUGUGAACAGGAAGCAGCAUGAUGUCAGGUUAACCAUCAGGAAUGGGCACUGUGGUUUACCAGUUCAGAUGUAUCUGGGACGUGAAUGUAAUUGUCAAAACGAAGUGAACACAAGCAUCCAUAGUGACACGUGAGGCUACAGUAACGACAUGCCCGAAAAUAAUAUUCUAUUUAUGCUAUAACAAUGUUGAGUUUCUAUAUGCUUUACAAAGAUUUGACUGCGAUAUUGUUGAAAUAAAUUCUGGAACUAUUUUAUUCUGAUUUCAUGAA